AUGAUCACUGAGUUGCUAACUGGAGAGGUGUCUGUAAGGUGGCACAGUGUUGCUGUGUAUUUCUCCAUGGAUGAGUGGGAGUAUUUAGAAGGACACAAGGAUCUAUACAAGGAUAUCAUGGAGAAUCACCAGACAAUUACAUUACUUGAUAUCACUGAAACUGAAGAAAUACCUGAACGUUCCCACAACACUGUUCCUUUCUCAGAAUUUUUGACUGAUGAUGAUAGAAAUGUUCAGACUGCACAAUGCAGAACGGAUGAAGCAGCCAUGAUCAAGAGUCUCGAAAAUGUUAUAGAAGAUCCAGCUUCUUGUGAAGAAAGUUGCAUUACCAAUUUUAACAUGUACACCCCCACACAUCACUUAGAGAAAUAUCCAUCUCACCACACUAAGGAUACAUUGUUUCCAGGUGAACAAGUAAUUCUCAUGAACGCUAACAUUUCUUCCCCCACACAUCAUAUACCACAAGACGCAUCUAUUAAUAUUAAGGAGGAAUCCCUCUCAUGUGAUGUUGAAACUUUCUCAGACAGCGAUGCCUACUCACCCAUUGACCAUAUACAGUAUUCACCUUCUGGUAAAAAGAAGACUAUGCCUUGUGUGAAUAUGCUUGUAUUCCGGCAAGCAAGCCACAAACUGUGA